AGAUGAUGGACCUGCAGUCGCUCUGCUGGCUUCUACGCAGGUGACAAGUCGGGGCAUCGGCUGUGUGAGAAAAUAUCCCCAGUGACAGUGCGAAGAAUGUGAACUACAUCAUUCAGAAGGCUGCCCUACUUUCCGUUUCGGUUCCGGUUCCUCUAGUAUGAAAGCGAAGUCAUCACAGUUCGGUGCUUGGAGGUUUUAUUGUGAGCUUUGUUGAGGCGGGCCCUCCAUCCAGAUCCAUUUCCAUAGAGACGUGAAAAUAGGAACAUAACGCCUGAUGAUCUCCUGAUGCUCUACUUCUUCUUCGUGUUUUUUAUUCAGUUUCAGGAAUUACAACCAGGUGGCAGGUGUUGAUGUUUUCUUUCUACUAUAACUUUACAUCUUCAACAAAUUCCAUGAUCCUGAUGAUCUGCGGUGCUAGGUCUUGCUGUAGUGCGGUGUGCAUCGUCGCAGUUUCAGUCGUGAAGCAACUCGGUCCUUGUGAGAAAAGUGUGCACCAAAGACAGUGUCUCAUAAUUGAAAACGAUCGAUCAAAGAUGCAUAUCCAGCCUACAAACAGGCCUUGCAUAUCUUUAGCUGCCGCUUAUGCACACUUCUUCUUAGUACAACGAUACGCUGCGACUGCGUUCGCCCACACAAAUUCUUCCGCGUACUUUUGCUCGUCGAUAUGCAAACUUCAAUCUGAAAUAAAGGUUUGUAUCAGCCGAU